AUGGGCUGUUCUCCAUCCAAGGGUAACAAUUUUGGGACUCAAGGUCCAUUUCGAAAGGGUAGAUUGUUGCUGCCUGGGACCCAAGAAAAUCCUGGAGAGUCCCAGUCUGACGAUGGAGAGUGUAAAGAUUCAAGCGGAAUAACAGAUGGGGAUAUAAGGGAGAGGAAACCAGUUGGGCAAAACAACUCGUCACAGAGGGAAACUCCUUUAACACCUCAAAAAAAGAGAUCUUCUGUUUCCGAGUUGACCCCAGAAGUGGUUAACUUGGGAAAAUUGGGCAGUCAAGGAAUCGACAACACGCUAGCACAGGGAAAAGAGAAACAUGGGGAAAAGCAAGAUGUUAUAGACAAAAAGUCCUCCAGGAAACCAAAGAAAAACAACAGGAAUGUUAAAUCGACAAAAAAGAAAGAGAAGGAGAAAAAAGCUCCAUUUUCAGAGGAGAAAGUUGACUUUCCAGAACCUCUGGUAAAAGCUCACCAAGCUGCUUAUGCUUUUCUGAAUCCUAGUAUAAAUAAAUACGACAUUCUCUUGGGGUUUUUGGAACAGGUAACCCAAACUCAGGUUUCCGUACAGCCUAUGGUUGCUUUCCUGGCUCUACGCUUUGAGGAAAUUAAUCGGGGACUUGAAGAAAUGGCAGACGAGGGGGAAAAACUUCUGAAAGAAAAUGGAAAGCAUCUCGCCUGGCCAAGUCAACUGAAAAAUCGAUCUUCCCCUCCUUUGAAGUCUGGCUGUGCUACCGUUGAGCCCCCACCUGAUUUGUUGCAGCAGCUGCUUCAAUAUACAACACAGAGAAUGCGGAAUGUGAGCCACAGUGUUGGUAGAAUCGGGGACUCUGCUUUGGAGGAGGCAGUUGAGUACUUCACCUCUGUCUCUGAGCUUUUGGAGGAGAAACUGAAAGCCAAGCGUGUAGCAGAGGCCAGGCUAAUGCAGCUGUUAACUCGCAUUGAAUCUGCAUCCAUACGCAGGCCCGGACCAGAAGAUUCUGCUCUCUUCAGUGAGGACAGUGGUAUUGGGGCAGAGAGUGAAUCCCUUGCAGGAUCUGAAAGACGUCAUAGACGAGGGAGUUGUGAAUCUACUGGGACAAACCGAAUGACCCCUGACAGUCCUAUGGGAUACAGCACUGUGACUAUUAGGCAAGGAGGGAUGAGGCGAAAGGUUAUGUGCAAAAUUAGUCCAAGUGUCUCCCUCAACUCGAUUGAUUCCACGUGUACCAUUAUGGCUAAGGAACAAAAUGACACAGAGUCCCUGCUGGGAUCAGCUUCUUUAGAUGAUGGGGAAGAAGAUAAUAAUGACGAUGAUGAUGAUGAUGAGGACGAUGGAGACAUGGGAGAUGGGAAAGUGGAUGUUAGAAUGAGAUCAAAUUCUUCAUCUCGUGACCCUGCUCAACAACCUCGACGUCUACCAUCAAAGCGCAUAGAAAAUCCUAAAAAUGUAGAGAUGACACUGAAGAUGAAAGAUGCUAUAAGUGGCCGGAUACAGUUUGUCCAAUCAUCGCAAUGUAGUGCCAAAACAAAGAUAAGUGACAGCCCUAAAACCACUAGACGCCAGUGGGCAGAGGAUGAGGAGCAAAGCCGGAAGAGACCUCAGACGGUAGCGCCUAUUCGGAGGGCAGCAGUAAAAAAGACCCCAGCUACUAAAGAGCAACGCUCUCGGUCAGCAGAGUCUCUGCGGAACAAAGCUGAAGAUCCUACUCUGGCUGAAUUGGAGAGAACCCAGAAGGAUCUAAGCCACAGGCUAGAGAGGAUGAGCAAAGGAAGGAUAGGAGGGAACAGUGGGACUGUUACAUCUAAACAAAGCCAGGGAAACUCCCCAGCACAGUCUUCAGCUAAAAAUCGUGUACGCCCUUCACAAGAGAAGAACAACAAUCUGCACCCAACGAAAGAUAAGGCAGGCCCUAGGAAGGGUAACAGUAAAGAUCGGGAGUUAACUAGUGAUAUAGAAGAUGAAAACAAAACGAGAGACAACAAAACAUCCAAGGGUCCGCUGAAAGCCACCCCGCCCCCUACCCCUCCGUUAUCGCCACAACAAUCUGUGGGAUUUUGCAGAGGCAGGAAUUCUGUCAAAAAACUUAUUGACACCUUCAGUCAAGGGAGAGAGGAACAACAGGGUUCCAAAGUUUUAGGGCCCCUCAGAGGUGUGCGAAAAUGUGGAGUUCCUGUGUUGCCAGGUUUAGGAAAUGUAGAGGCUGUCCUCAGUACUGGCAUAACCAGCUGUAGAGUUGAACCAACAUCGUCUGAGAAAACUGAUGCUUUAGAUCUGGAAAGUCUCCCACCGCCUCCACUCGAAGUAUUAAUGGACAAUUCCUUUGAAGGGGCCCAGAAUCUUUCAGCUCGUGUAUCAGACGAAGGGGCUGCCAAAGGAAACAAAUCACCUGCUUUAAGAAGGCCUGUAGUAUCACAGCGUCUAAGGGCCUCUGUCCAGUCAGGGACAGUGCUGCCUAGCAAAGGCCCUCCACCACAGAGUUACAGCAUAGCAUCCCCUCAGGACACUUCUGUCCAGUCAAGAAUAAAUCCACCAGAUGUUCAUCCAGAAAUUGAUACAGAAAAAGAAACAGCUGCCUCUCUGUACAAGCAAGCUAGGAAAAUCAUACACCUGCAGCACUCUGCAGACUCUCCUCUAGAGAAAUCCCAUAAAACUGCAUCAAUAGAGGACCAAGAUGGAGGCAGCCUUCUAGUGCCUAGACCUAACAUUGCAAUGUCUUCAGUGCCUCCAACGUCAGUAGCUAAUAGCCAGCCACCAGCCACCCCACCAAUGUCUCGGGCACGGAUGCUACCAUCCACACCCUCUACUCCAAAAAGCUCGAAUCGGCGUUUUCCCAGUCCCCAGAAUUUCAGAAGGCAGCCUACCCCACCCUCUUCAUCUGGUAGCCCCCCAGUCUCCCGAAAACUCCCUACUCCACCAGCAGCUCAGAGGAGACUUCCCAGUCCACCCGUUUCAAGGCAAAACAUUUCAAAUCAAAACUCAGCCCCCUCCUACUCUUUCAAGGCACCAUCUCCGCCAGCCUCACCAAAAGUUCAAAGAUGGUCAAGAAACAACAGCAAUGAAGACUCCCCUACUCCUCGGCUAAUGAGCAACGCUCGCUCUGUCUUUUGCCCUGCUUCUCCAUCUUUGUUUGAGGCCCAGCCUUGUCGAGUGCCCCAACCUCCCCAGGCAUGGUCCUCUACUGGGGUCUCUGUUCUCCCACGUCCUUGGGGCUCUAACGGCAGGUUUCCCCUAUCUGUGCGAGGGCCACAAUCUUUCAUCCGACGCAGCCAUUCAGACCGAAGGCCCAGUCUAAGCUUGCCACCACGGUCACCUUGCAACAUUUCAGUGGCGCACACUUGUGGGAGUGAGCCAGCAAUAAGCACACAAGGGCUGGAGGAUGAACCAACCCGGGAGGAUGAAAUGUGGAGUAGCCAGUCAGAUCUCAGAGCAACGCCACGCUCUGCUUCACACCCGGACCUGUGUGUUGUGGGUCAGGCCUUCAACAGAGAAUGA